GGUGGCCAGGAUGGGCUCGGUGGGAGCCGAGCGCUUCAAGGAGCUGAGCCCGGCAGCGACACCCGAGGGGAACGUGGUGAUGAGCUUCAGUUUCGACAGCUACCAGCUGGAGGAGGAUGAGCUGCAGCGGGGCAGCCAGGCCAAGGGUGUCCUCACCUUCAUGGAGCCAGUUUCUGAGGACCCCGAGCCCCAGGAUCGAUACCAUGGGAUUUAUUUUGCCAUGCUGCUGGCUGGGGUGGGAUUUCUCCUGCCCUACAACAGCUUUAUCACUGAUGUGGAUUACCUGCACCAUAAAUACCCAGGGACCUCCAUCGUCUUUGACAUGAGCCUCACCUACAUCCUGGUGGCCUUGGUGGCCGUCAUCCUCAACAACGCGCUGGUGGAGCUGCUGAGCUUGCACACCCGGAUCUCCGUGGGGUACCUCUUCGCUCUGGGGCCCCUGCUCUUUGUCAGCAUCUGUGACGUGUGGCUGGAGCUGUUCAGCCGCAGACAAGCCUACGCCAUCAACCUGGUGGCUGUCGGGGUGGUGGCCUUUGGCUGCACAGUGCAGCAAUCCAGCUUCUAUGGCUACACGGGGCUGCUGCCCAAGCGCUACACGCAGGGAGUGAUGACAGGCGAGAGCACCGCCGGGGUCAUCAUCUCGCUCAGCCGCAUCUUCACCAAGCUGCUGCUGUCAGACGAGAAGGAGAACACCGUCAUCUUCUUCUUCAUCUCCAUCGGCAUGGAGCUGACAUGCUUCAUCCUCCACCUCCUGGUGAAGCGCACCCGCUUCGUGCGCUACUACACGGACUGUUCCCGCAAGGGUCUCCCUGAGAGCCGCGGCACCGGCGACCCCGGCACCGGCUACCGCGUCCACCACGAUGUCACCUCCGAGGAUGUCCGAUUUGAAAACCGGGAGCAGGGGCAGCCGAGCUCCCCCCGGGGCAGCCCUGGCCCCGAAGCUGAGCUGGCUGGGAGUGGCACCUACAUGCGCUUUGAUGUCCCUCGGCCCAAGAUCAAGAGGAGCUGGCCCAGCUUCCGAGACAUGCUGCUCUACCGCUACGUCGUGUCCCGCCUCAUCUGGGCCUACAUGCUCUCCAUCGCCAUGACCUACUUCAUCACACUGUGCCUCUUUCCCGGGCUGGAGUCAGAGAUCCACAACUGCACGCUGGGGGAAUGGCUCCCCAUCCUCAUCAUGGCCAUCUUCAACCUCUCGGACUUCGUUGGUAAGAUCCUGGCUGCCCUGCCCUAUGACUGGAGAGGGACCCACCUCCUUGUCUACUCCUGCCUCCGUGUGGUCUUCAUCCCCCUCUUCAUCAUGUGCGUCUACCCCAAUGGGCAGCCAACCUUCGGCCACCCCGCCUGGCCCUGCAUCUUCUCCCUCCUCAUGGGCAUCACCAAUGGCUACUUCGGCAGCGUCCCCAUGAUCCUGGCCGCAGGCAAAGUGAGCCCAGAGCAGCGGGAGUUGGCAGGGAACACCAUGACCGUGUCCUACAUGACGGGCUUGACGCUGGGCUCAGCUGUGGCAUAUUUUGCCUACAGCCUCACCAGUACCUCCCACAGCUCCUGUUUCUACACCGAAACCUCCAAUGGCUCCUUCACCUCGGGGUACUGAGCCCUGGGGUGGGGCAAUGGGGACAGGAUGGGACCUGCUUCCCACCAUGGUCCCCAGCACCCCACAUCCCUCCUCAAGGAGGGAGUCUGGAGCCAAAAAGCCACCCCAGCAUGGACAAGGACUGGUACCCUGUUGGCAC